CUGUGUUUUGCCUCCAUGACCAGUGUAUGUAUUCCCGACAUUGCGGGGCCGGCAUUACGCCCAUGGCUCUUCUAAAUCCAAGCUCUAUUUGCACAGUUCUCUUUUCGAGCCCCGGCGCCAGCGCAGUUGCGGGUCCAUGACUGGGACCCAUGAUUUAGGCCCAGGUUUCGGCCCCAGGUUUCGGCCCGCCGGCGUUUUGUCCCCCGCCCCGGCUUCCCCUCUUUUCUACUAACAUGGCCAGGACCGCACGCCACAGAAGCACGAGCCCAGCGGCUCCGCGGCCAACAAAAACGACGUGGCGCAGCAGAACCAGCGGCGCCAAGCAGCGCAGCCCACGGCCCCUGUGGGCAAUGGUGGCACAAACAGCGAUGGGAUGGACGGGCCUGGUGGUUACAAAAACAAAGCUAGCGAUACGAAAAACAGAAACCGUGAUCGCAGAGACACAAACAGCGGCGGCAAGGACAGCGGCGGAAAGCAAGAAAACAGCGGCGGAAAGCAAGAAAACAGCGGCGGAAAGCAAGAAAACAGCGGCGGAAAGCAAGAAAACAGCGGCGGAAAGCAAGAAAACAGCGGCCGAAAGGGCACAAACACGCGGGCGCUGCAGGACGACGAACAGCUCCAGAAAAGCAGGCCCACGUUCUCGUGGAAGCCCAUUGGCGCGUGGGACAUGGACCCCACCGCCGACAAGGAGCACGCGUUGCGCGUGACCAAGGACAUCGAGAACUACGUGAUCGACCACUUCUACGGCGACUGGUUCUGGAACACGGUGUUACCCGUGGGCGUUUCUUUUUUCGCGUACGCGCUAGCCCGCGGCGGGCUCAGCGUGUUGUGGUUGCCCGUGGUGCUCAUGUGUGCGUUUUCCGUGUACCGUGCCGAGUUCCGGCGCUUCAACAGGGACAUCCGCGACGACAUGCAGCGCGUGCACGCGGCCAACCGCUUGGACGACGACUUGGAAACCAUGGAGUGGAUGAACGCGUUCAUGGCCAAGUUCUGGGUCAUCUACAUGCCCGCGCUCUCGGAGAUGGUGUUGUUCCAGGCCAACGACGUGUUGAAGGACCAGGCGCCCGGCUUUGGCAUCGAGGCCAUUUCGCUCGACGAGUUCACGUUGGGGUCCAAGGCGCCGCGCGUGGACUCCAUCCGGCUGUACACGCGCAAGGGCAAGGACCACAUCGAGAUGGACUGGGCGUUCUCGUUCACGCCCAACGACACGGACGACAUGACCAAGAACGAGAUGCGCCGCAAGGUCAGCCCCAAGGUGGCGUUGGGCGUGACCGUCGGCAAGGCGUUCAUCCUGAAGAGCUUGCCCAUCUUGGUGGAGGACAUGUCGUUCACGGGCCGCAUGAACAUCAAGUUGAAGUUGAUCGACAGCUUCCCGCACGUCAAGUUGGUGGCCGUGCAGUUCCUCGAGCCGCCCGUGAUCGACUACGCGUUGAAGCCCGUGGGCGGCGACACCUUCGGCAUCGACAUCAUGUCCUUGAUCCCCGGCUUGGCGUCGUUCGUCAACGGGCUCAUCCACCUGAACUUGCGGCCCAUGUUGUACGCGCCCAACUCGCUCGACAUCGACGUGGAGGAGCUCAUGGCGCAGCAGUCCAACGACUCCGUGGGCGUGUUGGCCGUGCGCGUCAAGCGCAUCGUGGACUUGAGGCGGGCGACGGGGCUGGCCGACGACGUGUUCCACCCCUACGUGCAGUUGACGCUCUCCAACAACAGCAAGGUGUGCGAGCGCACCGCAGUCAAGAAGAACACCGCGUGCCCGGUGUACUUGGAGACCAAGUACGUGUUGGUCAACGCGUUAGACGGCAACCACUUGUUGUUCAACGUGUUCCACUUGCUCGCGGACAAGUGCGAGGACCAGCCGCUCGGCAUCGUCGACGUGCCGUUGGCGGGGCUCCUCCAGGACGAGGUGCAGGAGGGCGUGUCCAAGAACAUCGUGGAGUCCGGCAAGGUGGUGGGCCGCCUCGAGUUCGACUUGCGCUGGCACGCCGCAUUGCCCCCGCAGGUCUUGGACGACGGCACGCGCGAGGAGAACAUCGACCUGGAGACCGGCAUCAUGAAGCUCUCGGUGUUUGGCGCCACGCACUUGGACCUCUCGCAGUCCGUGAUCGGCAUCUUGAACCCGUACGCGGAGGUCUACGUCAACCACGAGUUGAUCAAGACCUCGCGGGGCUUGAAGAAGACCAACGAGCCGGACUUCGGCGUGACCUUCGAGGCGCUCGUCACCCAGCAGUCCCAGACCCUGGUGCAGGUCAUUGUCAAGGACUUGGCCGAGGACAACGUGGUGGGCCGCUUGGACACCAACUUGCAGGACUUGGUCUUCGAGUCGUCGCGCGGCCAGCAGUGGAUCACCGCGCCGCCGGUGGUGCCGGGCGGGGUCCCCGCACACUUCCGCAUCGGCGCCAAGUGGAAGGCCAUUUCCUUGCUGAACGAGCUGACGCGGCUCCACACCGGCGCGCCCAUCGGCGGCUUGCGCUUGCACGUGCGCCUGUGCAGUGGCUUGAUCAACCUCGAGUCUGUGGGCGACGUGGACCCCUACGUGCGCGUGGUGCAGAGCGGCAAGCUCAAGGCCAAGACGCCGGUCGUGGCCAACACGUCCGACCCCUACUUCAACCAGGUGUUUUUCUUGCCGGUCGCCAACGAGCACCAGCACAUCUUGUUGGACAUCAUGGACGCGGAGGCCGAGGGCAAGGACCGCCCGUUGGGCUCCUGCGCCGUGUCCGUCAAGAACUUCUUGAAGAAAAACGACCAGGGCUACUACUUGGGCUACGACGGCGCCAACGAGGUCAUCGAGCAGCCCGUGCUCUACAACGGCCGCGGCCACGGGUCCAUGGCCUACUCCGUGUCGUUCGUGCCCACGCUCCCGGUGUACACGCGUGCGCAGUUGGAGAACCUCGCGGAGCUCGAGCGGCUCAAGGCCGAGCAGCAGCGGGAGGAGGAAGCCCGGGCGCUGCGCGACAAGAAGUUGAUCACGGACCACCCGGACGACUACGAGUGGGUGGACAUGCAGGAGGACCAGCUUCCGGAGCCGCCCAAGAUCCAGAUGCCUGUGGAAAAGGCCAUCAAGUACCGCGCCGGCACCAUCACCGUGCGCAUCUUGUCGGGCACCUUCGCCAAGCCCGACUACUACGUGCACACGUUGUUCGACGACCACGCGUUCCCCUCGCACGUGACGCCCCGGAUCGAGACCCGCCAGUUGACCGUGGCCACCGACGCCGAGGCGUUCAUCCGCGACUUGCCCAACCUGAACUUGAUCUUCCGCGUGUCCAAGAAGCGCGAGGUCGAAGAGGCCAAGGACGUGGUGGCCGAGAAGUCGUUUGCCACCAUCAGCGUUCUCGAGCGGGCCUACCACAAGCCCAUGACGUUGCGCAUCGACGAGAAGAACUCCUUGUCCGUGCAGGUGGAGUUCGCGCCUUCUGCCGUCAAGUUGCCGCCGUUGGACACCGUGUUGGAUGUCGGCCUCCUCACCUUAGAUAUCUUGGCCGGCGAGAACUUGCCCUCCGCUGACAGCAACGGCAAGUCUGACCCGUUCGUGGUGGUCAAGUUGGACGGCGUCGAGAUCCACCGCACCGACAAGAGGCGCCGCACGCUCGACCCGCUCUGGAACGAUGCCAUCGAGUUCCCCAUGUUGUCGCGGUCGCGCCAGCGGCUUAUGUUCGAGGUGUACGAUUGGGACUUGACGCACGAGGACAAGUUGUUGGGCCGCGCCAACGCGGAUCUUUCGACCGUGACGCCCAACAGCUCCACGCCAUUCAAGUUGGCCUUGGACACGCAGGGCGUGUUGAGCUUGCGGGCCACGUUCAGGCCCGAGUACGUCCGCCCGGCCUUGUCGUCGAGGGGCGGCUUGCCGAUCGACCUCCAUGACAUUGCCAGCGCUCCAUUGAAGAUUGUGGGCGGCGGUGCGGGGAUCGCCACCAACGUCGUGGGCAGCGGUGCAGGCAUGAUCUCCGACGGCGUGGCCAAGGGCGGGCAUUUCUUCAAAGGCUUCGGCCGCCUGCGCAAACGCAACGACAGCGAGCAGUCGGGAGCCCUGGACCAGCCGAAGCAGUCUAUGGAUCAGUCGUCCUUCCAGACAGAGACCACGCGCAACACCAGCGCCACGGCCGCCGACAGCCAAGACGACGACACAGAAAUCGAGGACGGCUCCGAAAACGAUGCCGAAAACGAGAAGCAGGGCAAGAAAGACAACCGGCAAGCCGCGCCUCCGCCGGGGGAGCAGAUGAAACACAACCGGCCGCCCUCGCUCGACGGGGCCGUGCCCAACAUGGUGCCGGAAUUCUUGCCUCCGCCGCAAAAGCCAAACGAGUUCCAAGGCCAUCGGCGCGGUGUCAGUACCAGCACAGACAUCAGCUCGAUUCACCUGGGCUCGUUUGGGCCUAACGGCAUUCCGGGCAGAAUCAACAUUCUCACGGCCACAGGCUUCAAGUCGUCGUCUUUGGAGAUCAAGACCUCGGUGGUGACGUCCUUCAAGACCAAGGAUGUACACAAGACCAGGGCCACCAAGGCCGUGGACGACGUUUUCGGGUGGAACGAGACUUUCGCCUUCAAGGCGCCGGCAGAUGCCAUUUUGUGUUUCACCGUGCGCGAGCACCACCAUUUUGGGAAGAACCGUGUUUUGGGCAGUGCCGAGCUUCGGUUGCUGGAACGCGUGGACUCGGACUCGGUGCUUGCGCUCCAGGUCAGCGGCGGCGAGUUAAAGGUCCACUUGAGAUACAUGAAGAUCCAGUCGUGAGCGACCAGAUGAAUCUUGCCCAAUGAAGAACCUGUUUGUGGAGCCGACAUUUGAUUUUUCCAGCGCCGACAGGCGAGGAUUUGGAUUUUUGACAGGACCAGCUAUCAAUUGGUCCCAUGUCUUUAUUCAAAGGGCUCGCUUUGAUUAGUACGGGCCAAUGACUUUCCCAGCUGCGGGUGCUACAUGACUAUGGGCUGUAGAGCUAGAGACCAAUCAAUUUUUUGUAAUAUAUAAACCCUAGCAAAUUUGACUUAGAACUGCAAU